UGCUAUUUUGAAAAAAAAUUCAACUAUUCUCUAUCCCUCAUUUGUGUUUGUUUCUAAAAGAAAAUGAAAGAAGUGUCGUUAAUGUGACUGGUUUAGAAAACUGGGCUGGCUAUACCAAUAGGCCCAAUUAAAAAGCCCAAUGCAGAAUACAUAUCAUAUACCAAGUCCAAAGCGCCAGAUUAUCCCAAAAAAAAAAAAAAAAAAUUUGUGGCGCUUGAGCGGUAUAAGGACGGCGGUGAUCGGCUGCGAACGACAGCACCUUAGAGCCCUUGGUGAAAUUGCUGAUCAAUUGGGAAAGAGAGGCUGGAAUUUCAAAGUGGACCCGUGCACUAGUAAUGACCAAAGCUGGACAACAGCACAAGUCAAUUCAAAUCAGCCGUUCUACUACAACAAUACUCUCAUCUGCGAUUGCAACCUUACUAACGAUGGUGUAUGCCACGUUGUUCAAAUAUUUCUUAGAGCGCAGGGUCUUGCUGGUUUUCUUCCACCAGCUCUUGCAAAACUACACCACCUGAAGAUUAUUGAUCUCAAUGCUAACUACCUCAGUGGUAAUAUACCACAAGAAUGGGCUUCUAUGCAGUUGGAAUAUCUGUCCAUCUCCACGAACAACUUAUCAGGACCAAUUCCAACCUACUUGGGAAACAUUACCACUCUUAAAAUAAUGAGCAUAGAGAGCAAUCAGUUUUCUGGAAUUGUCCCCCCUGAGCUUGGAAAUUUGGUUAACUUGGAGUACCUCAUUCUUAGUGCUAACAAUCUCACAGGAGAGUUGCCAGACACUCUCACUAAUCUAAACAAAUUAACAGAAUUUAGAAUUAGUAGUAACAACUUCACUGGAAGGAUACCUGACAUUUUUCAAACUUGGAAACAACUUCAGAAAUUAGAGAUCCAAGCUAGUGGUCUUGAGGGGCCCAUUCCUCCUAGCAUUUCUGCCUUGAGUAAUUUAAAUGAGUUACGAAUUAGUGAUUUAUUUGGAGAAGGUUCAAAAUUUCCGUCCUUGCAUGGCAUGACAAACAUGAGCAGAUUGUUGUUGAGGAGCUGUAAUAUCUAUGGACCAAUCCCUCCUAAUAUUUCAGAUUUGAAACAACUUCAGAUUUUAGAUCUCAGCUUCAACAAAUUGGAGGGUAAUGUUCCAGAUUUAGGUGGUCUACAAAGGUUGGAUUACACGUUUUUGACAAGCAACUUGCUCACUGGGAAUAUUCCAGAGUGGACCAAGAAUAGUACCAGCAAUAUAGACAUUUCUUACAAUAAUUUUUCAAAGAGUUCUGCUCCUGCAUCACUUUGCCGAGAUGGACUAAAUUUGUUCAAAAGCUCUUCUGGUAGAGACAACUUAGAACUUCUUGAGUGCUUGGAUGAAUCUCCAUGUUCACAAGAUUUGUAUUCAUUGCAUAUAAAUUGUGGUGGGAAAGAAACCACCAUUGGACGCAUAAAAUAUGAAGGGGAUGAAGACUCAGCUGGUCCGGCGAAAUAUUUUCAUGUGAAACCUAAUUGGGGAUUCAGUAACACUGGUCUUUUUUGGGAUAUUACCAAUACCCCAAAUGACUAUUUAGCAAAUAAUGCAUCCAUACUUGCAAUGGAAAAUUCCCAACUAUACACAAGUGCACGACUAUCUCCUCUUUCAAUCACAUAUUAUGCCCGCUGCCUGGCGAAUGGAAAUUAUAUCGUAAAACUUCACUUCGCAGAGAUAGUAUUCAGAAACAAUAUAUCUUCUUACAGUCUUGGGAGGCGGAUAUUUGAUGUGUAUAUCCAGGAAAAACUGGCAUUGAAAGAUUUUAAUAUUGAAAAUGAAGCACAAGGGCUUGAUAAAGCAGUCAUUAAGAAUUUUACAGCUGUUGUUACAAAUCAAGUUCUGAUGAUUCGGUUUCAUUGGGCUGGGAAAGGGACAACAGCUGCCCCAAAGAGAGGGAUCUGUGGUCCGCUUGUGUCAGCCAUCUCUGUGGAAUCUGAUCGUAGUCCCCCUAUUGAUGGCAAGAUUGUGGUUGGAGCUGUAGUUUCGGUGCUACUCCUCAUUUUUAUGAUUUUAGGCAUUCUUUGGUGGAAGGGCUGUAUGGGAGGGAGGAUAUCAAGGGAAAAAGAGUUAAGAGGAUUAGAUUUGCAAACUGGUUUUUUUACAUAUAAACAAAUAAAAGCUGCCACUAAUAACUUCAAUGCUGCAAAUAAGAUCGGGGAAGGUGGUUUUGGAUCAGUUUACAAGGGUAUACUAUUAGAUGGUACUACAAUUGCAGUUAAGCAACUUUCUUCAAAAUCAAAGCAAGGAAGUCGUGAAUUUGUGACUGAAAUAGGCAUGGUAUCUGGUUUACAACAUCCAAAUCUUGUUAGAUUGUUUGGAUGUUGUAUUGAAAGAGAACAAUUAUUGUUGGUGUAUGAGUAUAUGGAAAACAAUAGCCUUGCACAUGCCUUGUUUGUUUUAGGUCCUACAGGUGGCCGAUUAAAAUUGGACUGGCCUGCAAGGCAUAAAAUAUGUGCUGGCAUAGCAAGAGGUCUGGCUUUCUUACAUGAGGAAUCUACAUUGAAAAUUGUUCAUAGAGACAUCAAAUCUACGAAUAUAUUACUUGAUGGUGACCUUAACCCUAAGAUCUCUGACUUUGGUUUGGCCAAGCUUUAUGAAGAGGAGAAUACCCACAUCAGCACUAGAAUUGCUGGAACCAUGCCAUGGUCUUACAACAAAAAGGGAAUUUGAUGGAGUUGGUGGAUCCAGAAUUGGGGUCUGAGUUCAGUAAAGAAGAGGCAAUUAUAAUGAUUAAAGUAGCUUUAUUAUGCAUUAAUCCAUCAGCGGCACUUAGGCCCACCAUGACUGCCGUAGUGAGCAUGCUUGAAGACGAACAGUUGUUCAAGAAUUGACCAUGGAAGCAAGUAUUUAUGCUAAUGAUGUGAGGUUUGAAUCCUUUAGAGGCCAAUGUCAGACCCUACGAGUAAGCUCAAGUGAAAGUCAGAACCUCCUUCAGUCAUCAAAUGCAAUAUGUAUUGGCUCUUCUUCUACAUCUGCCCAUGAUCUCUAUUCGAUUAAUCUCGACUCUCAGUAAUAUGAGGAGAAUGCUACUUAUCUCUAGCUAUGGUUAAUGAUAAAAUUUAAAAGAACGAGCAGUGUGAUUUUAAUUUCAUCAUGACAACUCUGCAUGGGAUUUGGUUGAAUAUGAGAUAUGGCUAUGCCAAGGGCGCAUUAUGUUAUUUAGAAGCCCAUAGACGGUGUAGUCUACAGCUGUUCAUGAAAAAAAAAAAUGUCUAGAGCUUCUAAAAUGUCUCCCUAUUUUGUUACUUCCUUCCCUUUAAUGAGUUACUAGAUUUAUGUUUCAA